GGGACGGUUUGGGAUCUCGACCACCCAUAGCACUCGGUACUUGGCAAAGUCUACGACGAUACAAGUUAGAUUCUGGACCCGAAAGAUGAGCGAUGAGCACGAAACUGCAAAUCGGGUUCCAAGGCAGCCUCUGCCUGAUGUGGGCGACUGGGUAGCGCAGGUUGGACUCCCGGGCUCCGUUGUGACAGGUCAUCAGGCAAGGGAGGCUGCCGGCGCGGAUGGCAAGCCGUGGGCCGCCGGCAGCGCCUCCCAGCCGCAGCCUCGAAUCGCGUCGGGCCAAGACGGCUGCCCGCCCCCGGAAAAAAAGAAGCAAGCUUGGAGCCAGAAAUGCCCAUGA